AUGGCUGCGCCGCCACUCAUAAACCCUCCUCUGGCUGAGGCUGGAUUGUCUAUCGAGUUGCCCAUGCAGAGCCAGAACAACUCGUUGGGGAGCCAUUCAUCCACCCCACCCCGUAUUCGCAGACCACGCUUGAAUGCCUUCCCAUCACCCUUUCCCAUGUCUCCUCGACUCCCUCCUGUCGACGCCCUUCACACAGCUAACACUGACGGACAUAGUCUACCAGCCCCGCACAUCUCUCAAUCGACUCUACCAGCCACGCACAUCUCUCAAUCGCCUCCAGCAGCGGUUAUCAGUAAUUUAUUGGAACAUUCCACUCCAGCCGCCGCCAACUCAGAUACUCUUCCAUCUGUUUUCGGCAUACCUACACCUCUCACAGAUACCACUGCUAUUCCCGCCGUGCCGGACACCUUGCUUCAUACAGGAAGUGUUCCACCCACUUCUAGUGCUCCUGGAAGACGCUCUGCGCGUACGACACGACCAUCAACAAGAGCUGAAGAUGCCAACAAGAUCGGUGAUGAUGCCAGAACCAUCACUUCCAAACGCAAGCGCAAAGGUGUGACGGCAGGUUCCACAGCCCAUGCAGUCGCUGCGAAAAACCUGGUGCUGCUUGAAGAUUGCCGUGAACGCCAUUGUGUCCUCGACGUUGGUCAGACCAUCAACCAAAACGAGCGCUUCAUCGAGGCAAUGUCAGACAGGAACCGACGCAUGCAGAUCUACAACCAACCACUCGCUCGUCGGCACUUUUGUGCUAAGUGUACCCGGGUCUACAAUCAUGGUGAUAUUGCUAACAAACUCGUUUCUGUCAUUGUGGUGGAUGGUGUCGUCGUGAGCCGUCCGUGCUGCUCUGUUCCCAACUGCUGGGUACAUCUCCGUACCCCACAAGACCGGUUUUGUCAUGCCCACUCCGCCCACCUCAAUCAAUGUGCGAUUAAAGGCUGCGCACAAUCUGUCGUGUCAGGUGGCCUUACGUGCGACAUCCCCGCACACCAGGAGUCUGAAGCACUGCACACUCUGCGGGGCAAGUCUCGAUUCCGUCUGCACGAACGCCUUGAGCGUUCACGCGCUAUCCAUGGGCGACUUGCAAAUGUCCAGGCUGGAGCUGACGACGACGGGGACGGUGACGGUGACGGCACACAAGCCAUCGGAGAGGAGGAGUAUGACGUGAAAUCGGGAAAGAAGAAGAAGCUUCGUGCGCAGUUCACGCGCAACUAUACUCAUUGCGAGGAGUUGAUUGUUGCACCUUGCAGGAUGAUUCAUGCUCGCGAGACCAUGCACAAUGCCGAGGGAGUAGGAAGUGUCGCAGAAUUUAUUCGCCGUGUCUUCCGAGACCCAGAGACACGCCCAACUCACGUAUUCUUCGAUAACAACUGUCGACUCGCCCUGCAUGUCCAGAACGACCCGUUCUUCCAAGACAUCGGCCUUUCUGUCGACGUCUUCCACUUCGAGUGCAAACAUUCAAAGCAAGACACGUUCUGCCAAGAAAACUGUAACCCCGCCGCAUUUCCGGAGCUGAAGACGGACGACGGGGAGUGGUACUUCAACUCUUCGGCUUGCGAACAGACCAAUUCCUGGUUUGGUAAAUUCAAUCCUAUCACACGAGGCAUGAAGCCAGUAACGUCCAUUGACAUGGUUUAUCACAUGUCGUGCAUGAGACUUCAUAACCGGGACGUGGGCCUGUGGGGGGCUGAACUGCGGGGCGUGGCAUCACAAGCGUCCAGAGAUGGUGACGGUGUUGGGGGAGCGACAAGACGGCAACAACGAUGCAGAGUGAUGAGAGAGAAUUGA